AAAAUAGAAAAAAGGACGAUCUUGUUCGAUGCCGUGCCGCGUGGCACGGGCGAGCAGUGCCCCGUCGUGACGAGCUUGGCGAGGGCAAACCUCGAAUCUUCGCCGACACGUUUGAUUCUCGAAAGCACGUCGAUCGGGUCAGCGGAGCGCAGCUGGCGACGGUAUCUACAUCGCCAGCCAAAAUGCACCCGCCCAUCCUGCUCCUGGCCUUGUUCCUUGAGCCAGGUGCGUGUGCGUGCGACCGACGCUUGUCCUAUACUGCCGGCCAUGGUUGCAGCCGCGCGCUCGUGUGAGGCUCUCGCCGUCUUAGUCCCGCAUCGGCCUCUCAUGCGCAGCCCGUCACUACCAAUCGCGGGGUCCCACGUCGACGACUCGGCUCCGAUGAGUCAUUUGCCUCGUAAUCCUACUCCCGCAACCACCAGCAUCGGCUUGCCCGCAAUACCGUACCGGUAGUAGCCGCCCUGUCCCGCCCGCGAGAUUGCACUUUAGCGUCGAACGCCGGCAUGUACCUAUGACUGUGCCGCACUGCUUCAUCAUCCAUUGACGGAUCGUUGGUGUGGACGAUCCUCCCAGUUUGCGGCUCCUUGGGCGUGCGAUGGCCGCACACUCCGCUGCGAGCAAGGACGCCCGAACGCCAGCCGGCAGCCGCCGAUCAGCGAGCGAGGCGGGGGGCCAUGUUCAAGUUCGGUCGUGACGCAGCGCUGGCCACACGGCAGCGACCGUGACACACCACCGGCCACAUCCUCUGCUUACCCAAGCCUGCCCUCCCAGCGUCGUCGUCGGCGUCACCUCGCCUCAUGAAUCUCCCGUUACUGUCGCACUGGCGCACCGUGAUAUCUGAUGCCACCUGCGAAACUCGAUGCCUUGUCACGGGAUGACGCAUAAAUUUCGAAGGUUGGCGGCCGAUGAACGCGCGCGGAUUGGUCGUCGACGGAUCUGGCGACGUCUGAUUGGCUCGUUUCCUGGGCCGUGGCUUCACUGGUGAGAAGUUUCUGCUGCGCGCAAUAAAAAACGAUGCGUUGGACUUGGCUUUUGUAUUGCAAGUUAAAAAUGGGCGAAAAAGAACACUGUAUUUCUUUUCCACCCACGGGUUGUGUGCGAUAUCCUCGUGACAGCAGUUUUGCAUUUGCUCCUUGCCUUGAGGCGGCGCCGCAGCUUCGAACGCUCCGCCCUCCUCGCCCUCGUAGCCGACGCCAACGAAGCUUCGCACGUACCUAGCCCACGCACCGUUUGCACCUCUGUACAGCCAUCGCAUACAUAUCCACCAAAGCGAUGAACUGGGCAGCGUCGACGACCUUGAAGCCAACGGGCCUCGCAUCGAACAACUAUGGCAGCAUGGGCAACUUGCAACCGAUCCCGGAAGAGGACGAGUCGAGCGGCAUCCGGUCGCCGCUUCCGACCAAGUGGAAACCCAUCGAGCGUGAGAUCAAGCCGCAGUAUUAUGUCAUGAAGAGCACCGCGCCGACCGCCAAGCUCAACCCGCGGGCCAUCUUUAUGGUGUUUUCGCUGCCCGCGAUUUUGUUUCUCUUCUUCCUCUUCAUCUUCAUCUUGCGUGCCAAUGCACCUCUGCCCGUCAUGCUGUGGCGGGACUGCGCUCGUGGACAAUGGCCCAAGUCGAAUGCAUGCGUCCCGACCAACACGCUCGCGGUCCGCGCGACGACGGUCGUUCAGAACCUCACGUGGUCCGAGAAGCUCACGCAGUGCCAGCUCCGCGACAACGCACUGCCGCGCCUCAACAUCUCGAGCUUCCCGUACUGCCAAGAGUCGAUGUUCAAGCAGCUCAUGCAGUUGCACCCGACCGAGUUUGCGCCCAUUGACAUGAAGGCAUCGUGCAAGCAGUUCCACCUCCGCACGUACACGCCGAUCACGACGCUUCGGGGCUGCAAGAACGUCAUCAAGAGCCUCGUCGAAGACGGUCUCCUCCUCUCGCUGUACCCGUCCGAGCUCGCUGUCUGCGCCAAGUACCCGUACACGGCGUACGAAGUCGCGGCCCUUGACGACAUUCUCGUGCGCCUUCUUGCCGGCCGGAUUCUCGCCGACGAGUCGCAUGAAGUGCGAGCCGGUGGGAUCAUCCUCGGCGGCCCCGAAAGCUUCCACGCUGGCAUCCCCAAGAAGUACGGCAUCGACUCGUAGUUAGCUUCCGCAUAAUUUAUCGCCACCGCAGCCGCCUUGCCGCGGUUCAUUUUUGUCGCCUCCA